AUGCUUCAUGAUAAUAUGGAUAUCUCACGUCUCAUGGUGUAUGCUCAACAAAUGGAGGAAGAAAAACUCCAAGACAAGAAUAGAGAGGUAAAACGAGCUAGAAUAGGUGAUGGGAAUUUCUCCAAUGCUAGGUUAGAUGGACAAGGUCAAACAAGGCCUAAUUGUGUAAAAUGUGGUAGAAAUCAUGAUGGCAAAUUCUUAGUUGGCUCAGAUGGGUUCUAUGGUUGUGGGAAGAGUGGCCUCAAGAUGAGAGAUUGUCCUAUGCUCAAGGUUAAGGGAAGGAAAGAUAAGCAAGCUCCUCCAAGGGGUUUCAACUCCAAUACUCAAAAGCAAAACCGCUUUUAUGCUCUUCAAUCCUGA